ACCACCGACGUUAAGAGAGACAACAUCUCUUCUUCUAACUCCGCCGCUUCAUUUUAUGAUCUCCCACGGCUCUUCUCUGAUUCCUUGUGAACUUUGUUGCCUUUGAUAUGAUGAUGAUGACGUCGCUCGGUGGAGGAGGAGGAGUUGGUGGUGGCGGCGGAGGUAGGUUUAUGACGUAUUCGUCGUCUCUUUCGGUUCCUCCUUCUGCUCCUCAUUCCCCUAGCUACUCCGGUGGUCUACGAUCACAGUCUUCUCUGUUCGUUGAACAAGAGAAGUAUCUUUCAGAGCUACUUGAAGAGCGUCAUAAGCUCACUCCAUUCUUUCCCGUUAUUCCACAUGCACGUCGGCUACUUAACCAGGAGAUUAUGCGUGUAACCACACUGUUGGAGAAUGCCACAGUUUUGACUCAGAGCGGGCUUAACCCUCUAGGUAAUGGAAGGAUAUUUCAGAAUGCAAGAGCUGACCUUAGCGGAUGGGGAGCCUCACAGUUUCCAUCAGAAAGAUCUGUUCCAUCUUCUCCGGGACCAAACUGGCUUAACUCACCUGGUAGUCCGUCCGGUCUGAUCGCCAAGCGAACCCUAAGAGUCGAUAUUCCAGUCGACGACUAUCCAAAUUACAAUUUCGUUGGUCGCCUCCUCGGUCCUAGAGGAAACUCCUUGAAGCGAGUUGAAGCAAGCACUGAUUGUCGUGUUCUUAUAAGAGGAAGAGGCAGCAUAAAAGAUCCAGUUAAGGAGGAAAUGAUGAGAGGAAAACCAGGAUUUGAGCACUUAAAUGAGCCACUUCAUAUCUUAGUCGAAGCAGAGUUACCAAUUGAGAUCGUUGAUGCACGUCUCAUGCAAGCUCGGGAGAUACUCGAUGAUCUUCUUACUCCUAUGGAAACGCAUGAUGUCUACAAGAAACAGCAGCUGCGAGAGCUAGCAUUACUCAAUGGAACUCUUCGUGAUGAAGGAUCUCCAAUGUCCGGUUCUGUUUCUCCUUUCAAUGGCCUUGGAAUGAAGAGAGCCAAAACAAGAGAAGAUGUGUAGAAAUCAAAUUCCUCAGAUCGCAAUUGUUGUUAUCUAUCACAUCUCAAGGAACAUUGAAACCGAUCCAAUUCGAUGCAGGAAGGUCAUACCCCUCGUGACUACACAGUACUCUUUUCUUCCCUUCUCCCUGUUAUAGUCUUGUUGUAUAUAUAUAUAGGAUUAUGCAUGUUUUUGUUUUAUCUAUUUAUCAUUGUCCUGGAGAGAGAUUCAGAUGACACAAUUUCAAAGAAACACCACGGCAUGAUGAGUCUCUGACUCUCCUCUCCUAGACUUUGUGUUUGUUUUGUUUUAUUUUAUUUUACUUGAAAAUUUUACCAAAAGAAAAAACAUAAGAUCAUGAUGGCAUGUGUCUGGUAAUGAUAAUAUGUUUUUGGGAUACGUAAGCGUUAAAGUAAAGUUUGUUUCGGUAUAA